AUGGCUACAUAUCAGAUCCGUCAAGUCGAUAAUGAGGUGAAAGGGCGCCUCGCACUUGUCACUGGAGCCAGUGGCGGUAUCGGCUCUGCUAUUGCCAGAGCUCUAGCAGCCGAAGGAUGUGAUGUUGUGCUACAUUGUAACUCGAGUCUGCAUAAAGUCGAGUCUCUAUCCAAAGAGCUCUCGUCUUCGUACCCCGAACAGUUGUUCUCUUGCGUUUCAGCCGACUUGAGCUCACGCGAUCAAACUCGCGGUCUCGUCGAUAAAGUCCUCCAAGAUUCAACCAUUUCAUCCAAGCACAAAGCAGUAUCCAUUCUAGUUGCUAACGCCGGCCUUGGAAGACGUAUCCGUGAUAUUAAGGAUAUUGAAGAAGAUGACUGGGAUACUGUCAUGGAAGUCAACUCGCGAAGUCAGUUUGUUGUGACAAAGGCUUGUUUGCCAGGUAUGCGAGCACAGAGUUGGGGACGUGUAAUUCUUAUUGGAAGUAUUUCCAGUCAUGGUGGUGGAAUCAACGGAUGCCACUACGCAGCUACCAAGGGAGCUCUAAGCUCGAUGGGCAAGAAUCUAGCAACGGUACUGGCCGGAGAAGGAGUUACAGUCAAUGCCAUCCUUCCAGCAAUGAUUGGAUUUACAGAUAUGAUUCCCACUCCGAAAUCAACAACGUGGACAAACAAGACAGACUUGGAGGAGCUCAAAGAGACAGAUCCAGGCCUCGCCAUCGCCGCCAGUGUCCCAGUACGACGUCUAGGUCACCCUCAAGAAGUUGCCAACGUAGCAGUCAUGAUGGCAAAGACGGGAUAUCUCACAGGACAGGAUAUCCUCCUGUCAGGAGGUCUCAAGUAG